CCUGAAUGUUCCUUAUUACUUUAGUGCACGGUUUACAUCGAGGCAUAUGAUGCCAGAGCCUGCUGCUUCAGCAAGUUCCCUGGCUUUUGGCGGCGACUCUCACAACACAUCCACGCAGGGCAAUGGCGCCUUCACUGCUGUACGGGGACGUAUCCCUCCAUUGAGAGGACAGUCGAGCGACGAACAUCUUGCGAGGCAUCGAUUGAAUGAAGCAGAGAGGGGUGUUCAAAGUUUGCCUCUUGAUCCAUUCUGGUCUAGCAGUAGGCGUGACGCCCCUGCACACAACCCUGUCCCUCGCUCUUCAUGGGAUUCGUCGAUACAACAACCUCAGGAUCGUGAAUAUGAAAGAAUGAGAACAAUGCGCGACAUGAUGGAGCGAUAUGGUCCCAAUAACGAACGAUCUGACUUAGCAUCCAGGCGCAAUAUUUCUCAGCCUCACCAGGUGCCCUCCGGGAGACCUGGGAAUGCUAAUCGCCUCACAUUGCUUCCAUGGCGGUCUCCACUGCUUCAGGGUUCAUCCACUCCUACAAGCUCCGGAUCAUCAUUCACUUCCAGUAGUCCUGCUACUAUCACCCACAAUCCAUACCGAAACAUUCCAGACCGGCCUCGAGAACGGCAAGAAGCGGCGCCGCCCGAAGAACGGACGCCCAUUCGCACCUUGAGGCAGCGGGCUGGUCUUACACGCGGAAUACCACGAGCAGAGGGUACUCGCAUUAGAUCGAUGUUCCGGACGAUGACAAGAAGAAAUAUGGGUGAUUAUAUGCCGGAUGAGCUAUUUGACUCGUCGUAUGAGGGAUUGUUGUCGCUAGGCGAAACGCUUGGGGAAGUCAGGUCGAGAGCCACGCCUGCUGAUGUCAUUGCCUCGCUUCCAACGGGAACCUAUCAAGCAUGGGCUAAAGAAGACAGCGAGACACGAUGUCCAAUAUGUUUAGAUGAUGCACGUAUCUGUCAAUUCAUUUAAGUGACGUAUCAUACUUACCUCUUUUUUGCAGUAUGGGCACGAUGAUCCUGUCACAAAACUCGUCGAAUGUACCCAUUGGUUGCAUAAGGCUU